UCUAGUGAGAGGAAAACAAAGUGUCGCCGUCACUUGAGUCAGCACUAAAACCCUCAGUGGACUACAAUGUCGUCUCCUCCUCAGCCGCAAUCAAUGGAGUCGCUAAUCCUCCAGCUCCACGAUAUCGCCGCCGUCAAAUUCGGCAAUUUCAAGCUCAAGUCCGGCAUCUCCUCCCCAAUCUACAUCGACCUCCGCCUCAUCGUCUCCUACCCUUCCCUCCUCACCCAAAUCUCCCGCACAAUCGCCGCCACCGUCCCUUCCUCCGCCCACUACGACGUCAUCUGCGGCGUCCCCUACACCGCUCUCCCCAUCGCCACCUGCAUCUCCGUCUCCUCCAAUGUCCCCAUGCUCAUGCGCCGCAAGGAGGUCAAGGCCUACGGCACCGCCAAGGCCAUCGAGGGGGCUUUCCAGGAAAAUCAACUCUGCCUCAUUGUUGAGGAUCUCGUCACUAGCGGCGCCUCCGUCCUUGAGACCGCCGCGCCGCUCCGUGCCGUCGGCCUUAAAGUCACUGACGCCGUCGUCAUGAUUGAUAGAGAGCAAGGGGGCAGGGAAAAUUUGGCACAAAAUGGAAUCACCCUUCAUUCAAUGGUGAAGCUGACUGAAAUGGUGAGGAUAUUGAAGGAGAAAGGGAGAGUGUCAGAGGAGACAGAAAAUAUGGUCAUUAAGUUCCUGGAGGAAAAUCGUCAAGUGUCGGUUCCUACACCAGUUGUAGCUGACACAAAGUUGACACUCAGAGCUCCAUUUGAAGAGAGGGCAAAGUUGGCAAAGAAUCCUACAGGGAGGAAGUUGUUUGAGAUUAUGAAGACGAAAGAAUCUAACUUGUGCUUGGCUGCUGAUGUUGCUACUGCUGCUGAGUUGCUUGAUAUUGCAGACAAGGUUGGACCUGAGAUCUGCAUGUUAAAAACCCAUGUUGAUAUAUUACCUGAUUUCACACCUGAUUUUGGAUCUAAACUUCGCUUGCUCGCAGACAAACAUAACUUCUUGAUCUUUGAAGAUCGCAAGUUUGCUGACAUUGGUAACACAGUCACCAUGCAGUACGAAAGUGGUGUCUUCCGUAUACUGGACUGGGCAGAUAUAGUAAAUGCUCAUAUAAUUUCUGGGCCAGCUAUCGUGGAUGGCUUAAAAUUAAAGGGUUUACCUAAAGGCAGAGGCCUGUUACUGUUGGCUGAAAUGAGUUCCGCUGGUAACCUAGCAAAGGGUGAUUACACAGCUGCGGCUGUUAAAAUUGCUGAAGAUCAUCCGGAUUUUGUUAUUGGCUUCAUAUCCGUCAAUCCAGCAGCAUGGACUGGUGGGCCAGGAAAUCCAGCUCUCAUCCAUGCAACCCCUGGAGUUCAAUUGGUGAAAGGUGGCGAUGCCUUGGGUCAACAAUACAACACUCCACACUCUGCCAUUUCGGAAAGAGGCAGCGAUGUGAUCAUUGUGGGACGUGGAAUUAUAAAGGCUGCAAACCCCGCGGAAGCAGCUAGGGAAUACCGGCUUCAAGGAUGGGACGCAUACUUGGUAAAAUGCAAGUAGUAAUGCUUCUACUUUUCUCGUCUAAUGUCUUUCGCCGUGGUAUGAAUUUUGAGUUGGCAUUUCAAACAUUGAGAAUAAAAAUGUUGUGUUGGUUUGUAUU